AUCGCACCACCUCCACCUCCACCCUACUCUCGCCGUUCAUCGGCUGCUCAUACCAUGACAACUUCUUCAUCAGGGUCCAGCAUUGCGUCAUCUGGUUUAUUCUCCGCGGCAACCAAGGCAGAAACACUACGAAUUGCCGGUACUACGUGUUGGGCGUGCUCGACAAGAGCACCGGAAAUUUGUCAUGUCGUGCCCCAUCAUGACCCCCAGAUUCCUGUAUGGGAGCAAGCUGGACUGUUUAUCUUCAACUACAAAAACACCCAAAACACAAUUCCUCUCUGUGGAUCUUGCCAUAACGAGUUCGAUAUGUCACUUGACCCCGGAUACGUUUUUGUCCCAACAGAUAUACAGUACUUUAUUGAUUUUGAACGCCGGGAUCGUGCUCGCCGAGAACAGAUCGCAACAGAUACUGCAGUCCCUCUCUCAGCCCUUUCGCGACAGGUACCGACAAGUGCAGACUACAAGCAGCAUGAAAUUGACUCAAACCAAAUAUCGCCCACCGCCAUCGGAGGCCGAUACAACCGGGUAUUCCUAAAACAAUUCCUCCACAACGGUCAAAUCCCAGGGAUUGAAAAAACCUUCUCAACUCCAAAAGAAUGGCACGGUGCCCCCCUUGCGUCUAUUCGUCGUGCGUUUGCCGCCCUUGCAAGCCCGCGUUUCUUUAUCAUCGUCGAUGCCGGUACUCACCACAUGCUUGAAGAACUACGGCAGCUAUACUUCAGUGACGACCGCAUUUCAUCUGAACAAGUCUCUCUGCGUGAUGUGUAUCGGCCACAAGUCCAGACAAGUCAGAAGCGCCAGCUAGAAGACCAGACGAAUGACGAGUCGGGACGUUACAACAAAAAAGCCAAACAUCAGGACACAGGGUUUGCUGGAACAGCUUCCGCAGCAAACCAGUGCCGCGAACAUACCGACUGGGUUUUGGGUCCCGAGUCGACAACAAAUGACGUCGUCAGGUUGUAUGCGCCAGUUUUUUCCUCAUACUAG